AUGCCUCGAAAUGAAGAUUUCCACAAGUUACACAUUCUACAACAAACACUUGAUUUACAUGUUUGUUGUAGUCAGUGCUGUGAACGGAAGACUGAGAUAACACUCAGUCUAAUUGAACUUUCUCAUCAAUGCUCUAGAAACAUUCUUCUGGUCAGACAGAAAGAUAAAAACAAACAAUGGAAACUAGUGGACCCAAGGCCAGAAUUUCCAGUACCAGAAAAGUAUCUAGUUUGCUCCCACUAUACUGAGGAAAGGGGUUGUACAUUGCAUAAAAAUAAAUGUACAUAUGCAAGAAGCAAAGAAGAAGCUAAAGUGUGGAACUUUAUGAAAACGGAAGGUCGUGAGCACUCAAGCCUCAUCAAGCUCAUAACCAGUAGCUUAACAUCUCCUAAUGAGCAGGAUGACCUUGAAGAAAUUCUUUUUAGAUUUCAGGGAGCUUUUGUUGAACUCUGUGAAACCUGCUUCCGCGAGAGCCCUCAAAAAAUCUCAACAAAGGUGUCAGGCACAUGUGCAUCUAAACAUAAGUGGAGACCUGUUCUUGUCUUUCGAAGUAAAGACAAGCACAAAAGAGUGGUUUACGAUGAGAUCAGGCCCCUUCCCAAGCGUACAUUUCAACACUGGAGGUUAUGUAGGUACGUGGAUAAUGGAAAGCCAUGUGGGCAGGAGUCUCAGGGCUGCUGGUUUGCCCAUAGUGAAAUAGAGAUGGCCGUGUGGAGGUCAGAGAGUAGAAAGAGUCUAGAUCGUCCAAGUUUGGUCCAUGCUGCCCAGAUGCUGCAGACACAAGAGCAAAAUCAGCAGCACUACUGUUAUGUUUGUAAAUGUCAGUUCCUAGAAUAUGAAGACUUUAUGAAUCACUGCUUUAGCGUGGAACACAGGAAACUGAUCUUUGAUGAUUCAACAUCCAAAUGGAGAUAUCGUGACCCACCACUAACAAGCAAAGCUCUAAGGAUGUGUCGAAGAUUGGCGACUUGUGAAUAUGGCAGCAUUUGCGUCAGAGCACACAGUGAGGAGGAACUUAAGGAAUGGAAAGAUCGACGCAAAGCAGCACUAAAGAAAGAACAGGCAGCCCUAGAUCAGGGUCUUCUGUCCUACCAGGAUUGUCUACUAGAAGAAUACAGGGAGAGUGAAAACAAAGAAGUAAUUAUGAAGGAAUCUCUCCCAGGUGUAUCGGUUAGCUGUGACUCUGAUCUCAGGGUUUCCGUAAGACAGGAAAACAUAUCGCAUCAAUGGAAAUUCAAGAUAACAUCAAGGUCAGCUUUGCAUGUAGUUGCUUUGCUGAGACAUGAAAGAGGAGCGACAUUUGCUCUGGGUGAGAACUGGCAUGAAGAACGCUCAUAUUCAAGUGGUGUUUGGUUUCAGAAAUCUGAAACAUCGAACAACAUAGUUUAUGAAAUUACAGUUUCCUUCACCUGUGACCGCUCAGGAGUCUAUGAGCAAUGGCUAGUAUUGGAUUUUGACAUGAGGCCAGUUCUGCUGCAAAAACUUAAUGUCAGUGUUGGAAUGGUUGACUGUGGUCCACAAUCUGAGAGAAAUCAAGGCAACAAGAAAACUCAACAGGGUACUAAUUCAUCUAUCGGGAAGCUGGAAUCAAAAAAUACACAACAGAGUGAGCAGCUGCCAGUUAUCUGGCAUGAGGGAACUGUGGAAAUUGUCCCAUAUCAGAUGAGAUCAGACAAUGAACUUUUUAAAAAGUACAGUUACACAGAGAGAAAAGAGUUCGGCACAGUGAUGAUAGGUGCUGACCUGAUCAACCAGCAGAACUACAAAAAAAAAAUGCACAGCUUUCUCUGUCAGGAAGAAAUGGAACAAGCUCAGCUGGUUCGCAGGCUUAAUCUACGAGGGACCAUGUCUUUUAAAAAACAGCUGUUUGAUGAUUGGUCUGGCUUGAAAAUUUCAGAAGAGCUGUUUGGCAGCAUACCUGUCUCUUAUUCACUUGCUCCUGAUACACCAGAGGGCUACAUGCUAAAGAGACAUGUUCAGUCAGUCCUUGUGGACCUGAUGAGACCUGAUUGUGCACCACAGCGUGUUUAUGAGGCUGUGAUUCUUAAAGAUGUCAUUGGGGAAUCUAAACUAAAUGUAAAUCUCUCAAGAGACUGCUGUAAUGAACUACAACUUCAGAGUGAUGCAUCAGCUGAGAUGGAGGUUCAGUUCCAGUUGGACCGCAAAUGGUUCUGUGAAAUGCACAAGGCUGUUGAUAUGCUACCAGACCUUAGAAGGGUUUUGCCCGACCUAAGAGACAGGCAUGUUCAGGUUCCAGUUUCAAACAAGUCAUGUCCAAGUGAGCUGAAUGAAAAGCAGCAAGCUGCUAUGGACUUUAUCCUUGGCGCUUCUGACCGCAAAGGCAGUGUGGCACCAUUGCUGAUAUAUGGACCUUUUGGAACCGGGAAGACACUUACUCUUGCUAAGAUUGCACUGGCUCUUGUGCAGCAGCCACAAGCCAGAAUCUUGAUCUGUACACAUACUAACAGCUCUGCAGAUCUCUAUGUUAGUGACCAUUUCCAUAAUAGUGCACUAACCUCUGAUCGUCCAGUUAGACCUUUAAGAAUAAAGGCAAAGGAAAGUUCACCAAGAGCUACUGAUGAUGUCACUCUUCAAUAUUGUCAUUUAUCCAAGGAUCAUUGGUACUUUGAGUUCCCUGACAGAGAGACAUUAGAUGCUGCAAGAAUCAUUAUAACAACAACUGGAAUGGCACGAUACUUCCAUGACCUGCAACUACCAUCAAACUACUUCAGUCACAUAUUCAUCGAUGAAGCUUCUCAGAUGCUGGAGUGUGAGGCACUAAUGGCUAUUGGCUUAGCAGGGGAGAAGACUCAAGUAAUUCUAGCUGGAGAUCACAUGCAGAUGGGACCCAAGAUCUUUUCCGUGGGGGUGGACAAAAGCUCAGACCAUACUUUACUAAAUCGCCUCUUUCAUCACUAUCAAGCAGAGAACACAACAACUGCUAAAAAUAGCAGAAUAAUCUUCAAUGAAAACUACCGCUCCACUCAAGAAAUUGUGGAUUUUGUGUCCGAACAUUUUUAUGUUGGAAAGACAGAUGGGAUCAAAGCCAAAGGAAACGUACCUGCACAUCCACAUCAAAAUGCUCUGCAGUUCUAUCAUGUCAGGGGUGAAUGCUAUUUGGAUAAAAGAUCCAUGUCUUGUUGCAAUCCAGAUGAAAUUCAAAUAGUUGUUAAUCUCGUCUUGAAAUUACUUAGUGAAUGGCCUAAUGAGUGGCAACCUAAAGAUUUAGCAUCAGUGUGUGUUCUGUCCCAGGGGAGUCAGGUAAUUGAAAUAAGAAAUAAAUUAAAACAGUACAACUUGAAUGCUGUCAAUGUGGAGAAUGCAGAAAAUGUUCAAGGAAAACAGUAUAGGGUUAUCAUCAUAACUACAGUCCACACCAAGGACAGCUUGAACAUAACCGAGAGACCAUGUCUUGAAUUCUUCAAUGACGUUCGCCUGCUGAACACAGCCAUGACUAGAGCUCAGUCUCAAGUGAUAGUUGUAGGAGAUGCCACUGCUCUGUGCUGUCCUUAUUUUGGAAAAUGCUGGAGACUUUGGAAAUCUUACAUAAAUCACUGCAGUGAAACAGGAAGUGCUUUUGCCAAUGAGUUCACUUUGGACAAUUUAAAUCAAGAACUUAUGGAGAUUUCAAACAUUAUUCAAGCUAAGAGAGAUGACAGUGAUGACAACGAUAGUGAAUCAAUCAUAUCAGAAGUAUCCGAUAUUGAUGAGGACCCCAUACUAAAAGAGCUACUGGAUGAGAAAAAUGACAUACAGAUAAAAUUAACAGAAGACGGACAGUUUCCAGUUUUACAGACUGACAGUUUUGAAAACAAUGUGGUGAGAUAUAACAAGGCAAGCACACCUUCUGGACCUCAACCACUCCUAGUAAAGCAGAACCACAAGACCUGUAAACUAAUAAUGGACAGGUAUGACCACGGUUUUGCCAUGCCAAUUGAUGAGCCAAGUUUAAAGAUAGACAUCAAAGGAAAAAAAAAUGUGGGACAGUCAAUGACUGGAGAUCAGGUAAUUGUUGAGAUUUUGUCCUCUGAGACAUUCCCACCAACAGGAAAAGUAAUUGAAGUGGUUAAGCAAGAAAAUCUGCUCAGAGAGUUUGUUUGUACAAUUGACUGCAAUGAUGAUCAAGUAAUGACACCGAUAAGCAUCUGUAUCCCUAAAAUAUACACACCGUUUUGGAAGGACAAACCAAACCACAUUGCUAUAAAAAAUCCUGAGACAAAUGGAGUUGAAAAAUUCAUCAAAAUUAAUGAGGAAGCCCGCAGGAACCUCUUUGUUGUCAAAUUGCUCAGGUGGGGGAGGCAUUUCCAUCAUCCUUUGGGGAUCGCUGUAAAGGAACUCCCAAGAGUUACCACUUUAGAGAAAGGGUUAGAGGUACUCAGAUGUGAGUACAAUUUAAACAAGACUAUUCCGGAGUCUGUUCAAAGAGAGGUGGAGAAUUUGGUACAUACUCCUCCAAGUUUAAAUCACCAUGAAGAUUUCCGUAAGUUGAUGACAUUCACAAUUGACCCUUCAACUUCUGAAGACCUUGAUGAUGCCAUCAGUGUGAGAGAUUUAGGUGAGCACUAUGAAAUAGGAGUUCAUAUUGCUGAUGUUGCAAGCUUUGUGGCUAAAGGUAGUGAACUGGACAAAUUCGCCCAACAGCAAGAAACUACCUUCUAUGUUUCACAAGCUAAUCCGGCACAUAUGUUCCCAAAAGACUUGAUGGCCAACAUUUUCAGUUUACUUCCUGGAUGUGAUCGGCUUUGUAUUUCAUUAAUGACAGAAGUAGACAAAAAGACACAUCAAAUUCAAAACAGAAGGUUUUUCAAGUCUGUAAUUUGCUCCAAAAAGAAACUAUCAUAUGAAGCUGCUGAGGACAUUUUAAAAGCAUCUGGCAACAAACGGAGCUUUGACACUUUGGAGGGCUGUCUUGCCAUUGCUUGCGACUUCGCCGAGGUUCACAGAAAAGACAGAAAACAAGAAGACUGGUGUUACCAGUCGCCUGAUGAAGAUGAAGUUGUUGGAAGUAGACGAUCUCACAGACUGGUGGAGGAGUUGAUGAUCAUGUUCAACCACACUGUUGCAGAUAGGUUUCUGUUUGACAGUAACACCAGAGGCCUGGCUCCUCUCAGAUGCCAAGACAGACCAGACAGAGAUCUGCUACAGACUUUUCAAAACAAACAUUUUGCCUCGCUUUCAAUGUCGAUUCACCUGUCAUCUAAAGUGCAUGGACAGCUAAGUAUGAUGCAACAAAACCAAAAUACUGAAAAUGAGGUUUCAAGUUCUGAUUCUGGACAUUUCCCUAUAUUGACAUCAGUCUUGAAAAAUCUAGAAAUUGCAGAACAGGAGAAAGAUAUUCAUAGAAUAGUUGAUCUUAUUACAACUGAUGACCUUCAUCCACAGCUUCUUCCUGUUGCACUUGACCUUAGGAGGCUCAUUCACAAAGCGCAAGUCUUGCGCGCCAGUUCAUCUCAUCUGUCACGGAUCGGCCACUAUGAUUUACAGCUGGACUGCUACACCUGGGCGUCCUCUCCAAUCCGGCGCUAUAUAGAUGUCAUUGUACAGCGACUUCUUCUUUCUCUACUUGAUAAAACUGACGUUAAGUACACGUCACAUGACAUUGAUGUGUGCUGUGUUGAAUUUAGCCAAAAGAACAAAGAUCAAACUGUAUGUGACACGAAAUCACAUGCUUUGAGUCUAGCGUCACAGCUGUCUACACAAAAUGUCCAAAAGAUGGCUUACGUUGUUGAGGUCAACCCCACUGGAAACAUCUUCAGGAUAUCAUUUCCUCUAAACAAAAACUCCAUUCGAGAAACGGUUGGCAUAAUGUAUAAGGAUCUUCAGUUGGCAGAUCAACCAUUACAUGAUCAAACAAAUGAUUGUAUGAAACUUAAGUGGGAGCGAAGGGUAUACUCUUUUACAAAUCUCAGCAUCCACAAUGAACUCAAAAAACGACAAGCAAACUCUCUUACAACCCUUGUGCCCAGUGGGCACUGGAAAUCCUUGCUGGCAUCAAUCAGAGAAGAAAACUGGAACCUCAUGUUUGAACUGAUAAGACAAAUAAAAACGAGUAAAGAUUUGAGAACCAAAACACAAAUUUCUGUAACAGCCUCAAAAACAGAAACAUACCAUACCGAAGGGGAACAUUACACUGAGUUGUCACUGGAAUUGAAGAAGGGUGAAAUUAUUAAGGUCCAGUUAGGCACUGACACAAAUCGGGGGCUUAUGGUGCCAGCAGUUCAGUUGCUCAUUGUAAACCCAAAAUUUGAGAUCUGCAUUGAACACACAAGAAAUCCAAUAUUGUGUUUUUCAAAAUAUGCUCUGCACUCCACAAAGACAUCAUACAAUACAUACAUGGAUUAUCAGAAAAUAUGGAAACCACUGUGUGAAAUGGAGUCAGCCUCAAGUGCCGUGGCAGAAAAUGAGAGCAUUGUUCUUGAAGACGUAAAACUGGAAUGGAAACUCCUCCAUGUUAAGGAUUCCCUUCAGGGAAGUUUUCGCUUACCUCUGGAGAAGAAAAUUCAAUGGGCCAUUGAGGGAAACUUGAAAAACUGUUUCAUUUGCAUUCGGUUGAGGAUACAUCAGAAAGAUCUUGGUACAAACCUAAAAAACCCUUCUACAGAAUCUCCACAUGUGGAUCUCACCAGUUUACCUGGUCUUAUUUGGAUAGCCCAUGGAAUAGUUACAAAUGUCUCAGAUGAAGAAGAGUUCAAAAAGAAGGACUUUAUGAAGAUUCAAUUCCGUAUUAACCACAAGCCCAUGGCAGAAAUUCCACAGUGUGUCUUCUUGGAAAGUGCUAGAUUUACAUUGGAGCUGAUUCAAAAACUUCUACCAGAUGUACGCAAAGAAGCUGCCAUUGACAAUGUUAGAGAAGCUAACAGUCUUGUAAAAGCAAUUGCCACUGGUCAAAACAGACGUGACAAAGGACCUAAAAUUCAAACAUGUCAACUUGCCAGGUUUGAAAUUGGGAACCAUCAGUUUCCUGAGCUAAACAACAGUCAGUGCAGUGCUAUAAGGGAAGCAUUAAACAAUGAUUUCACGCUUAUCCAAGGACCACCAGGGACUGGAAAAACAGUGGUUGGUGUCCACAUUGUGUAUUGGUUCUUUCAAGAAAACCAAAAGCUUUCUCCUCUGGACAAAUCUGUGGAGAAAGGCCCAAAGAAGAGGUGUAUUUUGUACUGUGGUCCAUCCAAUAAAUCCGUUGAUGUGGUUGCAGGUCAACUUCUAAAAAUUGAACAUAAAUUGAAGCCUCUUAGGGUUUACAGUGAUCAAAUGGAGAUUCUGGAGUUUCCCUAUCCAGGCAGCAAUCUGAGACUCUCUCGUCAUUCUAAAAGAGUGGAAACACCAAACCAAGAUCUCAGGCACAUUACAUUGCAUCAUAAGAUUCGAAUGCCUGACAACCCCUUCUCAUCACAAAUACAAGCAGUUGACAGUAAAAUGCAAAGAUGCCAGCAGCUCUCAAAAGAAGAAAUAAAAAACUACAAGGAAUGCUUAAAAAUGGCUCGUGAAUAUGAGCUAAUGAAGCAUGACGUAAUCCUCUGCACCUGUACUGCUGCAUCGAAUCCUGUCUUGGCUGAUGUUCUCAUUCAACAGAUUAUCAUUGAUGAGUGUGCCAUGGCUACGGAGCCUGAAGCUUUCAUUCCUCUAGUCACACACAGACCUAAGCAGAUUGUUUUACUGGGUGAUCACAAGCAGUUGCAGCCUGUGGUUAAAUGUGAAUUGUUGGGGAGACUGGGAAUGCAAACAUCACUGUUUGAACGUUACAUGACAAAAGCACUAAUGCUUGAUACUCAGUACAGAAUGCAAAAAGACAUCUGUGAAUUUCCUUCUCAAGAGUUCUAUGAAGGAAGGCUGAAGACUGGAACUAGAUGCAGACCAAGUGUUUUUCGGAUUAGAUUGCAUGUACCAACAUCCAUCAUCUUUGGCCAUGUUGAAGGAAAAGAAGAAAGUCUAGUGGUCGCAACUGAAAGAGGAAACGAAAACUCAAAAGCAAACCUGCAAGAAGCCAAUGAAGUGGUGCGAAUGGCAAUGUCUCUGAUUAGGGCUAAGAUAAAAGAAAUGGACAUUGCUAUCCUAACACCAUACAACGCCCAGGUAAAAAAGAUCAAAGAUAUCCUGUCGGAACACAACAUAAAAAACAUCACAGUCAAUACAAUCAUGAAGAGUCAAGGAAGUGAAUGGCGAUACGUCAUCUUGACAACAGUUCGCUCUUGUCCUAAGGCGGCAAUUGAGAAGGAACCAACCAAAAGCUGGCUUUUAAAGAAACUGGGGUUUGUAAUCGAUCCCCACCAAGUAAAUGUGGGCAUCACCAGAGCCCAAGAAGGGCUGUGCAUUAUUGGGAAUCGGGACUUGCUUCAGUGCAAUAAACUUUGGAGAAAACUUCUGAAGCAUUAUGAAGACAAAGGUUGUGUGGUGGAUCCAGCACAGAACAUCCAGAUUGCACGUUUCUGAGCUAGCAGGACUGCUAGGAUUGUGCAGACCUGAAGCAGGUCUUGCUAAGUUGUUGCUGCAAUGAUGAAUAUAAUAUUUGUUAUCAAGGAAUGUCUAAUGAUGGGUUUGUGGGUUUGUGUAUUAUGUUACUAUAUUUUACAACCAGUCUUAGGAGAAUUUUAUUAUGAGUGCAUUUUAUUUCUGUGACUUAAAUAUAAAUUAACUAGUAAAACUUCACUGUGUAUAUAUAACCUGAAACCUGUAAAUAUUUUUACCUGGCAUUUUAAACCAUCUUUUUCUCUCUCUCUCUCUCUCACACACACACAAACCCAGGCACGCACAAUCUUAACACAUUAGUUAUAAAAUAAUUGUGAAAUGUAAAGUUCAUUAUUGUAAUUUUUUUAAUGUUUUGUUUAUUUAUAUUUCUACCUGACCAUGUGCAUAUUGGACAUCCUAUAAUAUUAAAACAGAGUAACCUCUGUGUGCUCUUGUCAGCUAUAACAACAGCCACUCUUCUGAAAAGACCUCUUAGAAGAGUCUUUGGGACUUUGUGCCCAUCCAGUCAAAAGAGCAUGUGUAUGGUUGGGCACUGUUGUUGGUCAAGAAAGCCUCAAUCGAGUUUCAGUUCAUUCCAAAUCUGUUCAGUAGGACUGAGGUCAGGGUUAUGUGCAGGCCACUGCAGUUUCUUUAAAAUAAGCUUUUCUUUAUAGACCCUGCUUUGUACAUGCUGGAACAGGAAAUGGACUUUCCUAAACUAUUGCAAAUUUGAAAGCUCAUUCACUAACUGAUCAUUUUUUAAACUAAUAAUUUUGGUAAAGAUAAUAGUUUUACUUCAUUUGCUUUAACAAAUUACAUUAAACUUGUCUUUGAAUGUAAUAUUUAUAAUAUGUAUGUGAUAAUGUAAUGGUAAAGGAGACAAUAAAAUUCUUAUUUAAAA